AACGCAAGAGGAAGAAGUUGUGGUGGUGGCGGGAGUGUCGACUUAAUUUUGAACCAGUGAAGACUGUAAAAGAAAGGAUGGGACGGGCACGGGUCUCAGGCAUAAUUUCAUUGUGACAUUAUAUCACUCGUUUCUAUCCAAGAACAGCCAGUAUGUGCGAUAAAAACAAACAGGUCAGCGAGUGGCUGAAAGUGGUGCUCGGAGAAGUCCCGUGGUUUGAGGUGAAUAUGCGCACAAUUGACAUUUUAUACAAGCUAUCAAAGGACAGUGAACAACGAGGCCAAGAAAUUGGUUGGUUGGUGGAGGACGUAAAGCAGAAAACUGGCGAGUGUAAGGCAGACGGAGCCUACCACCAAAAGGUACUUCAAAGUGCAUUGGGUGAAAAUGUUUCCCGUGGAAAGCUCAAACCCAUGAGCCGCUCUCUGAAUACAUUAGAGAGUAUGGCUAUAGCAUUUAAAACGAAGGACACCAAAGUGGCAAGCUUUUUGGCUAGUACUAAUUAUCAAACUAAAGUGCUUCUGGAGAUGGAAGAGGAAAACAGGGAGUUGCAGAAAAAACUGCGCAACCUGGAAAAGAAGAAGAAUGAGGUUUUGAAUUCUCAAAAGUCUUUACAAAUACAAAUAUCAAAGGUGCAAAAGGCUCAGGAGGUGGAGUCUGUUGAGACUGAAGAGAGGCUGCUGAAUAAGAACUUCAUGGAGAAAAAAUUCCAGGAAAUGACUUCAAGAGUUAGGAGUGCAGAGGAAAAAUUAGCUUCCAGGGAAGUUACUUGGUCUCUUACUCAUCAUUGCAUCGAAGAGAUUUCAGAGCAACUCUCUGUGGUCAAGCAGGAGAUGGACCCUCUGAAAAGAAAACUGCAGGCCUAUCAUGGUCUCCCUCUUAGCGUUCCUCUCGCUCGUCUGGCAGUGGCAGAAUCCAAGAAGGAACUGGAAGCGCUUGAUGCCAUUUUGGAUGAAAGGAUUGACUGGAGGCACACAUGAAAUGUCUGUGUAAAUUCACCUGAAAUAACUCACCAUUCAUUUCUUUUAUGAUUUUUGUUUGUUUGUUCACAGACUAAUUAAUAAAGUAUUGUAAUGUCAGAGAUCAGAA